CUGGGAAAAUCGGCGCACAAGAAAAGUGAUGCCCCUGAAAUAAGAGAAAUGAACGAAUGAUAUCGCGAAAAACACGAAAUUGGAGUGGUCAAAGAUGCUCACAUCAUCAGCACUAGUGCCGCAACGAAAAAGCCUCCAGCCACGAAAUUAAACACCUGCGGUGCAGUUUGCAGUGUACUUUCAUAGACGAACGUGAAUACGGGAGCAGACACUAACGGAACAAGAGCGGUGAGGGAUAAUGCUAGUGUGAAAAACUUUGCCAUAUCGCCGGAAGGAAGAAUCGAGGAGCAAAUCGUCAGCAGCGCAGCACCGUCCGUGCCUUUCAGGACCGUUAAGGAGGUUGCCAGCGUUCAAUACUGGUCGGAUAACGUGGCCGUAAAUGCACUUCAUCUACUUGAGCGCGGGACAAAGCAUCUUUCGGUGUGGGUGUGUUAUUCGGGCCACUUAAGGACGUUCCGAUGGACAGCGGUGGCAACGAAGACGCGAAAAUAGUCAAAACCAUUCUGCACGCCGGAACGCGGAUUGUACCGUUUCGCGAUGGUACCAAGGUAAGGUUCCAUUGUCAGACCAGAAAAUGUGACCCAGCCGGUACUCUGAUCGACGACAGCCGCGUCCGCCAGAAGCCAAUGGAGCUGGUGCUGGGGAAGAAGUUCAAGCUCGAGGUGUGGGAAUCGAUAGUGCAGCAGAUGGCACUGAACGAGGUGUCCAAAUUUCGCUGCCAUCGGUCCCUGGUGCUGCAGUAUCCGUUCGUGGCGAAGAUCAUGCGCGAUGCGGAGAAGACACGCGAAGAGCGGAAACACUGUUGCGGUAUGACGAUGCAGAACGAGGGCCUCGGCUACAGAGACCUAGAUGAGCUGUUUACGAACCCGCAGGAUCUCGAGUUCACCAUCCAGAUACUGUCGAUUGAAAACCCGGGCGAGUACGACCAGGAAUCGUGGCAGCUGAGCGACGACGAGAAGCUGCAGCUGGUUAAGAAGCUCCGCGAACAAGGCAACCAAGCCUACGGCCAGAAGCGAUACGCGGCCGCCCUCGACGCAUACUCCCGCGGAACCGGCAUCAUCGAGCAGUUGAUGUUGAAGGAAAAGCCCGACGAUCCGGAAUGGUGCGAGCUAGCACAGCUGAAGGUUCCAUUGCUGUUAAACUACUCACAGUGCAAGCUGUUGGAGAAGGACUACUACGCAGUCAUCGAGCACUGUACCGAGGUGCUGAAGUACGACAAGGAGUGCGUGAAAGCGCUGUUCCGGCGCGCCAGGGCCUACGCCGGGACUUGGCAUCUUGACCGAGCACGAGCCGAUUUUGAGCGAUGCGCUCAACUCGACGCCGGCUUGCGGAACGCAAUCAACAGCGAACUUUCCAAAUUGCAGAACCAGGCUCGUUUACGGGACGCCGAAGAAAAGCUGAACUACCAAAAACUUUUUAAUCGCUAACAUUUUACAAGUUUCUUCCCUGCGCUUCUUGAGCAUUGGGCCAAGUUCUUCUUUCUCUUACACUUAACCAAACACGUGAAAUCCCCGAAAGUACUGACGGGCCCCGUGUAACAUCUCCCGAUGCAUGUGCGAAAACAAAGAAGGAUUUACCAGAACGUGCGAGUGUGUGGCCCAAACAUCAGACCGGACUGGAGGAGUUCCUGGUACCAACCAGAUGUAGUUGAGAACAGGGUGGAGU